AUGCUUCUGGACGUCUUUACAACACUGGCUCUGUUUGCAUGCGUUGUAUAUGCUAAAGACAACGAAGAUCCCAAAUUUGACGUGUUGGAUUAUGUCGAUCCACUCAUCGGAACUGCCAAUGGAGGGCAUUCGUUCGCUGGGGCCACUCUUCCGUUCGGCAUGGCAAAAGCCGUAGCCGACACUGAAGGCGAGAACCAAGGCGGCUUUGCAUACGACACGACAAAGGUCACCGGGUUUUCUCAUAUGCAUGACUCUGGAACUGGAGGCGCAGCUUCGCUGGGCAACUUCCCCAUCUUCAUUCACCCUAGUUGCCCGGAAAACGACCCCAGCAAGUGUAAGUGGCAACAGACCGACAGAGCAACUGUGUGGAAAAAGGGUUCUCCUAAAGCCAGGCCGGGGUACUUUGGCAUCAAAUUGGAAAAUGGGGUCCAUGCUGAAAUUACAGCUACGAACCGCUCGGCUCUGUAUCGCUUCAGUUUUGAGAACGGCUCCGAGCCACUCAGUCCGAUUGUUCUCGUUGAUUUGAUGGACCUACCACAGUCUCGCUCGGAGGGCUUCGCAUCCGUGGAUUCAUCUACCGGACGCCUUACCGGCAACGGCACAUUCAGCCCUAGCUUUGGUCAAGGAACUUACACCCUCCACUUCUGUGUCGACUUCAAAGGGGGAAAGGUUCGCGAGACAGGGUCGUGGAACAGGAAUUCAGUGGUACCUAACCAGAACACCAUCGUUACAAGCAGCAGCGCUCGCACGGAUUCGGCGGGUACGUAUGCCCAUUUCGAUACUAUCGAAGCAAACGACAGCAUCCUUGCAAGAGUGGGUGUGAGCUUUAUGAGUGUGGACCAAGCCUGCCGGAACGCGGAGAAAGAGCAGCCCGAUUUCGACUUUGCGGGGACUGUGUCUGCCGCGGAGGAUGCAUGGAGAGAAAAGCUGAAUGUAAUCAGUAUCGAUGCUGAUCAAGUCUCGACUGAUCUUCAGAAGGUCUUUUGGAGCGGUGUCUAUCGCACGAUGAUUAGUCCUCAGGAUUAUACUGGAGAAAACCCCUUGUGGGAAAGCGAUGAGCCGUACUACGAUAGCUACUAUUGUAUAUGGGACUCAUACCGCGGCGUUCACCAGCUUUUGACGCUCAUGGACCCGGCUUCUCAAUCGCUGAUGAUCCGAAGUCUCAUUGAUAUUUACCGUCAUGAAGGAUAUCUCCCCGACUGCCGCAUGUCCCUCUGCAAGGGCUGGACACAGGGCGGCUCCAACGCAGAUGUCUUGAUUGCAGAAGCGUAUCUGAAAAAGAUCGAGAACAUCGACUGGGACACCGCCUAUGAAGCCGUCGUUAAAGACGCGGAAGUCGAACCACCGAACUGGGACGUAGAAGGACGAGGAGGUCUUCGCAGCUGGAAGAACCUCGGCUAUAUCCCCAAGGGUGACAUGGACACAGUCGGCAGGGGUCUGCGCACCCGCAGCGUCUCGAGAACGCUUGAAUACGCGUACAAUGACUUCUGCAUCGCAGAGAUGGCUCAAUUGAUGGGCCACGACGCCGACUAUGAGAAAUAUACUCGACGUGCGUCUAACUGGAAAAACGUCUUCAAGAAAGACCAAAAGUCAUACAUCAAAGGCGUGGAUACCAAUUUCACCGGCUUUGUACAGCCCCGACUCCCAAAUGGCACAUGGGACUACCAGGACCCGAUAUUCUGUAGCCCAUUGAUGAACUUUGACUCAUGCUACUUGAAUGCAAAUGGCCACGAGACUUACGAGGGCAGUUGCUGGCUUUACACCUUCUACGCACCACAAGACAUGGGCUCAUUGAUCACAACACUCGGCGGACCUAAGCACUUUACCGCCCGGCUAAACUAUCUCCACGAAUCCGGCAUCCUCUACGUCGGCGACGAGCAAGCCUUCCUCACUGUCUUCCAAUACCACUACGUAGGUCGACCGUCUCUAUCAACUAAACGCGCGCACUUUUACAUCCCUUCUCAAUUCAACACCUCUGUCUCCGGAAUCCCCGGAAACGACGACGGAGGUGCCAUGGGCUCGUUCGCCGCAUUAAGCAUGAUCGGCCUCUUCCCUGUCCACGGCCAAGAUGUCUAUUUGAUCAGUGCGCCGUUCUUCAAGGAGAUUAGUAUUCGGAACAAAGUCACGGGCAAGGUGGCUACCAUUCGAGCGCUUAAUUUCGAUGCUGGGUAUAAGGCGAUUUAUAUUCAGAGUGUGAAGCGCGAUGGUAAGCCUUGGAGUAGGAAUUGGAUAGGGCAUGAUUUCUUUGCGGAGGGUGGUGCUCUAGAGGUAGAGCUUGGGGAGAAGGAAAGUGAGUGGGGGACGAGAAUUGCUGAUUUGCCGCCUAGUAUGAGUGAGUAUCAGUGGUAG